CGUCAGCAAACCAAUGUCAACAAUGCAGCUCUUGGAGGAGAAAAGGCGUUCCAUCUAACACGAACAGAAAGCCGUGUACGACGCAGCGAUUGAUGCAUGUACCCAUUAAAACAGUGAAUCUUGUUAUUCGAGGACAGCAGGGAUUGACCACCAUGCAGGCGUACUUUUAUUUAUGAGAAGCUACCGUGGGCGAGCAGAAAAAGGGGUGCCACUGGAAGUAAUGUCGGCAGGCGAUGAGCAGGACGGUGAGGCAGCAGUGCCUGUAUACGUGUACGAGUCCAAAGUCCACUGUACCAAUGUCUUGCUGAGCCUGGAGGAGCAGCGGAGACAAGGCAUCUUGUGUGAUGUCACUGUGUUGGUGGAAGGCAGGGAGGUUCGAGCACACAGAGCUGUCCUUGCUGCUAGUAGCCGCUACUUCCUACAAGCCCUGCUUGGAUACAACGCGCCGUCAGGGGAGCCCAUCAUUAACCUACCUGACAAGGUCACUGCAAAGGGUUUUGCCCCGCUGCUUCAGUUUGCCUACACAGCCAAGCUUAUUUUAAGCCGAGAAAACAUCCAUGAGGUCAUCCUUUGUGCUGACUUCCUGGGUGUUCACAAUUUGGAGGAUUCCUGUUUCCGGUUUCUUCAAGCCCAGCUACAGAAUGACAGCCAGCUCACAAGUAAUGGCAAGGUGGUAUAUGAUGAUGACGUGGCCAAUAAUACUGUAUUUUCAGAGACAAUAUACACAGAAAAUUCUUCAGACAGUAGGCAGCACACCAGCAAUGUAGCAAUCACAAAGCCACUUCCAACAGACCUUCCUCAAUGCGCUUCAUACAGGAAAUAUCAGUAUCAGCACAACACUGAAACCCAUGAUGAUGAGGAUGAACAUAAUGAUAAUGAUAAUGAUGAUGGGGAUGAUGACGAUGACAUCAUUUUAGGCAACAAUACCUCCACUAGCCCAGUGAGCUCACAGCUCACAGACUGCUCGGAUGUCACGCAAACACUUCUUAGCCCCACCAGAAUCAAAGAGGAACCCGUCUUUGAUGACGAAGGAGACGAUCGGCGUGGAUGCAACCCAGAUUUGUGUACGGAAGAGGUGCUGGAGAUGGAACUGGAGGUUGAAGGGGUUCCUUUAGCAGUUGAGCAUUAUCCCAGCAGGGGCUCACCUUCGCCCUGCCUGCGCUCUUACCUCCAAAGAGGAGGGCUGGAUCUUAGCACCAUGCCAAAUACUACCAUCGAGCAACUCCUCUCCAAUAGACUCUCCCUCAAUCACUACAGGGAACUCGUCAAACAUAGGCAAAAGGACAAAAAAGAAGCGACGGUGAGCCUCAAAACUGGCAUUGCAGACGUACCAGAAGCACUGACCAACAAUGACAGCCCCAUGCCUAAAGCCUCUUCAUCCAAAUAUGAGGGGGAGUUAGACAGGCGCAGUGUCAUUUUUUCUUCGGCUGUAAGCGAUCAGCAACAAAUGAUGGCCCACUACGGAGAUGAAAAAUUCAGUGAAAAGAUCCCAGGCCUGAUGCAGAUUGAUAAAACUUCUACCGGCAGUACAUGUCUUACUGCAAACUGUCGUGCUCCCGUCAAGACGUCAGCCUAUUCCCCUGUCCCCUCUGAGCCCCUAACUCAGACUUCGAGCUCCCAUUCUUCGUUCUCAUUUGCAGAGGAUGGAGGAAGCGGCAGCCCACACUCCAACCUGCAACACUUUGACUUCUCCCUAUCCCCUCACUCUGGCUGUAUCUCUGGCCUAUCUCAGUGCCUAACGGGCAAGGAAGAGCCAAGGGACCUCCAAAGUCGAGAUGUUAUUUUUUCUCAGGGUUGCACUAAUAUCAAAAGUGAGCAAGGAUUUGGUGCCAGCGGUGGAAACUCCAGCGACGAGUCGGGGUCUUUUUCAGAAGGAGACAGUGAAAGUGGUAACAGAGUAUCUCGACCUGAGGUAAAGCUACCUUUUCCUGUGGACCAGAUUACCAACCUACCACGCAAUGACUUCCAGAUUCUCAUCAAGAUGCACAAACUGACCUCAGAGCAGCUGGAGUUCAUUCAUGACAUUCGUCGACGCAGUAAAAACCGCAUUGCUGCCCAGCGCUGUCGCAAACGGAAGCUGGACUGCAUUCAGAACCUUGAAAGCGAGAUCCGCAAGCUGGUGUGUGAGAAAGAAAAACUGCUGAGUGAACGCAAUCAACUGAAGGUGUGUAUGUCUGAGCUGUGGCAGAACCUCUCCUUCCUCUCCCAGCAAGUUUGCAGAGAUGCGCAGGACAGCCAUUCCCCUCCUGUCUCCACCAGUAUUGACCUCACAUCCACCCUGGCAUCACUGGCUGCUGAUGAGGCUUCACACCACCCAAAGUCACUUCAAAGAAACGAAGUUGUAAGUGUAUCAGACGUCGGUCCCGAUUUAGGGGAGCUGAAGAAGGGGCAUCCGCGGGUGGAAGUUUGUGGUCAGGGUAACCCUAAAGGCCCGCUCGUGUUUGCACCAACAGAGGAAAUAUUCGGUCCCGCCGUAACUGUGGAUUUCUGUCAGGAAAUGAUAAAUAAAUGCACAACAGAGGAACAUAAGAGACAUGACAGUACUUAAAAGUCAAUAGUAAAUGUUCUCUUGGCGACACAUGCCUGUCCUUUAAGGUAUUAAACUGUAAUAUUUAUUAAAGAUGUUUUUGAACGGACAGCGAAAUUGUCCUCUCAGCAAUACAGUUCACAGGUAUUUUCCGGACUGGUUAGAAAAAUGCUGGCAGCUCUCGGUCCCAUUGUAUCUCUCAUCUUGACUCUUUCUUCCUGUCAGCUCUCCUCCCUCCUACGUGCAUCGCGGGAGGUUAAACUCAGGAAUUUCUCAGAAUGUUCACCCAAGUCCUUUGUAACAUGUUUAACAUGCAUUUUAACUUUUGGCAGUGGUCUUAUAGCAAUUCUGGCUUCUUCAUUGCAGAAAACUCACUACUAAGCCUAGCGGACGCAUUAAAACUCCAAUUACAAUUUCUCACUAAUUAGCCAUCUGCAUCUCUGUUGGGCUCAGGAUGCUCAACUGAAUUCACGCAGCCACAUCAAUACUGGCCAACCCAACAGUGUAAUUUAAAACAGAUGUAAAUAGGAGGACAAAGCAUUUAGGUUUCAUAUCUAUUACUUCUUAUUCUUGUUGCAAGAAAACAAACUUAGUUUAAGAAAAGGCACUCUUUUGUUCUAUUGUAUGUCUGUAGUUGGUACCCUCGCAAAAGUUAAGGCUCUUAUAUUCUUUUGACAAUAUACAUGGAGCAUUGUGUUCUCUACCAAAUUAAGACCAAACUGACAGUGCUGUGCUGCAUUGUGAGAAGAGGGCUCCCCAAAAUACAGUAGUUCUAACACCAGCCUCAGCAAAAGACCACUGAAAGCUGUGCACAGUCAAGGUGUCAACUUGUUAACCAGAUAACAGCUGACAUAUAAAUCAUACUUGAGCGACUGAACCCUCCCCACACACACACAUUUUCACAUUUGCUUUAUAACAAAAUUGAGGUGGAUGUUUCUCAAGUUUCUUCGAAUUUAAUUGAAUGGAUUAAUAAUUGAUCGAUUUUGCUUUUAAACUGGGGUUUUCAAAGUGUGAACCGCACCUUAGUUGCGUCACAAAACAAAGCUAGAUUUUAUUUUUUUUUGUUCUUUCUUUGAGAAGAAUUAAUUGUCAAAUAAGGUCAUCAACUAUUUGAAUGUUUGAGAGUGGUUUGAGGGCCAUCUAUUAACAUUGCGAUCGUUUACGAAGAUUCCAAAUUUCAGGCGGCAAAUUUGUAUUCGCUAACGCCUAACUCAGACUUGACAUGAUUUUUGGGGUCGUUCCCGACGAUCGCAGUGUCAGAUUACACGACAUUAGCCCCUUUCACACACAUCUCCCGGUAAAUUUCCGUGUAAGGUGACACCGGAUUUACUCGCGUCAUUGCCUUCAAACAUGGAGAGAUAUCCCGGGAAUGACGCUGGAUGGGCACUUUCACAAACUUGUCCCGUUUUGCCGACUCUGCGGUCUCUGUGCAGGGAGGGCUGCUGGCGCGGUUUUAGACCCCGGACAUUACGUCGUUUUUGUUUGGCAUAGGUUGUCUCAUUCUGUUGGUCAGAUUGUGUUUUGUUGCGGAGCGUUUUUUUUGUGGGAGCGUUCCCGACGUCAUACCUGCAGCCAAUUCAAGCUCAUCAAGACUGUGUUUAAGCCCAGGCGAUUCAACAGUAGGGUGCCGAGAUAUUAACUUCCUGGGCGCCAUUCGACACCUUAUACUCUCGAAUUUCGUGUGUUUGCUAGCUUGUUCGUCUGCUGCCCUUGUUUUGAAAUCCCCUACGGUGUAAUGGUAUUUGAGUGUAUUUGUUUUGCUGUCUCAUCAGCUCUCUGCCUACCGCUUAGGUUAGUAUUAUUGAUCCCCGUCGACCUACUGUCACGGACCCAUUGUGUUAUUCCCCCUUUUCCACGACUGCGUGUAAUUUAGUUUGUAUUUAAUAAACCCCUGAACGCAUCCCUCUUUUGUUUUUUGCUUUGAGGUACAACCUAGUUUCCGCAGUUGCGGACCCUAACAUUGGCAACAGAAUAAACCAAACAUUUCCAAAGAUAGACAAUGGACUCUCUUCCUUGGCUUUGCGAUCCAGUAGCAAUUUAAUUUCAUGAUGUUUUCAGUUUAAUUUAGCUAUUUCCAGUUUGCCGUGUUAAUAAUUGUGAUGUUUGUUUACUGCUUUUCGUCUUACUGUGAAGAAAGAGCCCAUCAGCCCGCCAUGAUAUUUACAUCAUCAGCCAUCAUGCUGUGACCCGGGAAUCAAACGCAUGCUUUCACGUGUGCCUCGUCCUGGAAAGUCUCAGACAUUAUACUAAGACGCGGAUCGGUAAGUGUCCGCAUCCUCUCCGUGUCAGUCGACCCGGGAAAUUGCUUUCACACACAAGGGCUGCCCGUUUAAAACCCUGGAUUUUAACGGUGUUCAGGUAUAUGUGAAAGGGGCUAUUGUGUCAUGAUGAGCGCGGUCUGACAGCUGACGAUGUCAGGAGGCAGGGUAAGCAGCUGUCAAUCAGUAAUGGCGACGGAGGCCCUUUGUAUCAUAAUAGUGACGGUCGUCUGCUGUGCUCUGCUCGGUUCAACACAUUCACUAUAAACAAAACAGGAAAAAGUGAUGCACCGUUUAUUUUGUCUGCGGAGGGUGGAGGAACACAUGUAGGUGUCACACGCUGCCAAUCUCAGGGAGAAGAAAAAUACAAAAGCGGGAGAGUGCGCGCAAGAGAAAGCACACGUCGGUCAGGAAGUUACACCAUUUAUCAAUAUUCAUCGACAAAUGGAAGGAACAUGUAGUACUUGUCACACUAUGUGGAACAACAAGUAAAUAUUCUGACAUGCCAGACUCCGAGACGACAGAUUGGCAGUCUGUGGAUAUGUAACACUACCAGUAGUGGGUAGAGAAGCCAAAAAUCUUACUCAAGUAAAAGUAGCCAUAGGCGGGUAGUAACGAGUUACAAUUAAUUGAGUAACUUUUUGACAAAAAUGUACUUCUUAGACUAGGUUUACCACACUAUACUUGAGUAUAUCUGUCAAGAAGAAACAAUACUCUUAAUCCGCUACUUUAGGCUGCACUAGAGUCGUUGCAUUUUUCCUCUUUAUUCUACAUAUUGAUUUUAUUUUUGCCAGAGAUGCUGACAAUGGCUGUUUGUUUCACCAAUGAGGCGUCGCAACAACAACCACGACUCCAUUAUACCUAUCAGAGGUAACAUUUUUUUUCUCCACUAGAGGGCACUCAUGCUCUUUGGAUGAGUUAUGGAUCAUAGUGUUCUGGUUUAAAUUUGAUGAUUUUUCUGUUAUCUUUUGGCAUAAUAUGGGUAUGCAAUAGGUUAUAGUAAAGUACAAUAAGUGCUGAAAAAGAAUUAUUUAAAAAAUCUGACAUUGUAGGCAGUUACUCACUAUGUUACUUAUUACUUCAGUAUUUUUUUCAACAACUAAUUUUUACUUGUACUUGAGUAAAUGUUUGGAUGACUACAUGAGUAAUUUUAUUUAGAAGUAACACUACUCUUACUUGAGUAAAAUUAUUUGGCUACUCGAUUCACCUCUAGUAGUGAUACUUCAGUAUAAUGGUACUCAAGUAAAAAUAGUAAUCCCAAACAUUUACUCAAGUACAGGUAAAGUAAUCUGUGACAAGACUACUCAAGUAGUAAGUAAUUGCUUACAAUCUCUGAAUUUCCAUAAUCUAUAAGAACUAUUCUUAUUAUUAUACAGUGCUACAACCCAUUAUAUAGCCAUAUUAGGCCCCAAAAAAUCUCAAUCAAAAACCUCACCUGUCCAAAGAGCAUUAUUGCCCUCUAGUGGAAAAAGCAUAUUUCCGACCAUGAAAUUAGACUGAUUGUAUCUUUGAUUUUGUGUGGUCUGUCGAUGCCAAAUGAAAACUGGGAGAGAGGUUAAAAUCUGCACUUUCAAAUAAUGUUGACAACUUGAAGCACUACAGUAUGUGAAAUCAUUAAGCUUUUAAUAAGCACUAAAAGACGCCACGUGAAUGAACAAGCCGCCAUGAUCAAAGGGAGUUCGGACUUCAAGCUUGUAUGUGGUCAAGUGACUUUAUUGUUACGUCCGACUGAUUCUUCACAAAUCUACUCAAUUAAAAGUAAAAAGUUUGGCAUGGAAGAUUACAAAUUAUUAAUUAGAUGUACAUUUUUCUCAAAAGGUUACUCAAGUAAAUGGAAUAAAUGUAAUAUGUUACUACCGACCUUUGCACACUACACAAGGCUUCGUAACCAUCCAUCACCGCCAUCACGUCAAAAUGUCGGCCUCAAGAAUCAAUGAUUCUCCACUAUCGGUCGGGCUAAAAUUGUGCUAAAAUGGUGUUGUUUGAAUCAGGCAUUGUGGAGCUCUCUGAUUUCCUGGCCAAUUUAUUUAUUUUGAUUUUCCCGCGAUUUGAAAACAAGCAAGCAGAGUGUUUGAGGUCAGGCUUUAAAUAUAUCCCCAUGUGUGUCGUCAAUUAACUCACAUAAUAGAGUACCGCAAUUAACACGUCAACUUUGCUCAUUAAUAUUAAUGACGUUAGCAAGUGUUGCUAGGGGCAUCAAACUCCGUUUGUCCCUCAUGCUAAAUUCAUGUAAAUCACAGGUGUCAAACCGAUUCCAGAAAGGGCCAAGUGGGUGCAGGUUUGCUUUCCAACCAAUGAAGAGGACACCUUUUCACCAAUUAGAUCUUUUACAUGUGUAAUCAGUUAAACUUUGUCAGGUGCUGCUUGUUUCAGCAGGAAGUUCAUUGGUUAAACUCUCUACGCGCGUUAUCGGUUGGAACAAAAUGCCCCGACUAGGCCCUUUCUGUAAUCGGUUUGACACCUGUGAUGUAAAUAGUCCACGAACGAGAUGUUUACUGAGCUAAACCUACCAAUUCUGUCUGAAAAUGAUGUCCCUGGUACCAAAUUCACUGAUAAAGAUGUGGAAGAGGGUUAGGGAAAAAAAUCCAGAGGUAGCUUUUCUAUCAACACCUUUUUCUUGUGUGCAUUGCCUUACGCCACUGACUUUCUUCUGUUUCAAGAAACUAUCGUUUACCACCAUAUGCCUUGUCUUUCUUAUGUAUUAUAUCCUCUGGUUGUCUUACGUUUCUGACCGUUCUUGGGAUAAUUUAUAUUGCUAUUUUUGUGUAGCGAUCGCAAAAGCUACUCAGUGAUGGCCAACGAACACUUUAAAUUUUUUCAUUAAUAACAAAUCUUAGUUCUAUUUAUUUAUUUACACUUCCCCCUUACUAAGGUUGUUUCUUUACAACAGAAUAGGUAAAGCUGUUAAAUCUAGAGCGUACCUGUUGGCAUGAACAGGCUUACUACAAAAAGAUCAAGGCCAAAUAUUUUAUUUAACAAUUUAUUUAAAUAUCCGUAUUUUAGAAAAAUAAGCCUACAUGACUGUUGUGAUUUAUAAAUAGUUAAAAAAAAAAAAAAAUCAGGUCAUUCAUUGUCAGACAGAAGCAGCACGGCAAAACGCCAUGCUAAAAAAUAAGAUGGCUUACCUCUUCGGGGCAGGCAAUGGAUCAGGAUCGUCAUCUGUAGGACCAUGGUCCCCAACAAACUUAAACUGGUCUUUUGGACGUCCGAACAUGAUGAUCCAUUGUUCACAUUUUUCCCCUUUAAGUUUUUGGCAUCGGGAAAUGAAUGAAGAAAACAUCCUUCAUAUGUGGACAGUCAUCAUGUCUAGAGUCGUUUCUACAAGUUCCAUAGCAGCAGUGUUUCCUCGGCAUGUUUUUGUUUUUUUAAAGAUUACUGGCAAAAAACAAGCAAUACAUGGGUUGUAUGCGAGCGUGCUUCUACGUUGACUAGAGCUGGGAAUCUUUGUGCACCUAACGAUUCGAUUAUGAUUAUGAUUCAGGGGCUCCGAUUCGAUUAUAAAAUGAUUAUUGAUGCACCCCCCUCCUUUUUUAAAUUUAAAAAAAAAAAUGUUUUGUACAUUAGUUCCAAAAUUGUUCAAAAAUCCUCUCAGGCUAAACCAAACUACUAUUUCAGUAUCAAGUUAACAUAUAACAGUAAUCAAAUAUAUACAAAAAUAACAGUAAAUAAAAAACUCCAGUCCUCAUUCUGUAUCAGCAGCUUUAAACUACAUUCAAUUAAUUAAAUGGUGUGAAUCAACUGUUACAGUUGUUAAAAUUGCUCCCGUUAUCCCAUAAUUUCCCUUCUGUCUACUUUUGUCAAAGUUUUAAAACUAUUUCAUCAUUUAAAGAUAGAUUCAAGACAAGAUUCUGCCGAUUUAGGAGUAUUUUAGAUAAAAAGUUAAUUAGGUUCGCUACAACAGAGCCUUCUAGAGAGGUCUACUGCUUUAGGAUGGCGGCUGUUUACUUACGCCGGAAAGUCUGUCAUUUUGCAUCUCUAUUCAGUAAUACAUGUUGGAACACCGACGUAGUCUGUCAAUUUUGCAUCUAGUUCUACAUAUAUAUGAUAUCUACUGUAGUCGUAUGUUUGUAGCAACUAGCAACUGGACGUUGUUUGUAGCGGCUGUCAGCCACAGUCAGGUAUGAUUGUUUUUUUUUAUCUACCGGCAUGAGUUGAACAUGGUAUUUACUCUCGGUCCGUUCCUCAUUGCGUCCCAAAUACCGCGCUGACUGUGUUUUACUUCUGCUUUACCUGGUAUAAUUCAAUAAUCGGAAUUUGGAUAUUUGUGAACCGUUCUCGAAUCUUCCACGGCCAAAUCGCGGAUAAUCUAAGAAUCGGAAAUUUCGCACGCCUCUAACGUUGACCCCCUUCCGGUUUACGAUGGCGACGUCACACAGCCUUGCAAUCUGAAAAUAGCAUUUGCGCGCUACGCUAUUGACGGCACACAUUGGCCUAUCAAGAGCUUCCAAAGGCAUGACUCAUCAUCUGGACUUCCCUAUGUGUCUUAAAAACAGUACUAUUUGUGUAUGUUAACUUUUGACCUAGAAAAAAAACAAAAACUAAUAUAAAAUUCCCUUAUAAAUUCUUGCAAUACUGUGGCUUCUAAAAAAAUUAAUAUCAGUUAUCUUGACUGACCUAAAAUAGAUGUUUAGUCUGAUUUGACUUUAGAGAGUGAGACAUAAAAACCUGAAAUGUGUGUUUUUCCACAGUGUUUGUAAACCACUGUCUUAAAUUGUAUUUUGUAUGAGGUUUGUAUUUGCAGAAAAGUCAUCUCACAGUACUUAGUUUUGGGUGAGCUAAACUAGAGCUGCUUUGAGUGCUUUGUUGGACCUGCCUUUCAGACAUGCUAUUUAAAAACACGACAUCAGUCAUCAGAAUUUUGGUUUAACAAAUCAUGUUGUGCUCUAUUUGCUUGAAAUCCGACCAGAAGUUUUCAAAUAAACUGCAAGGCAGUUUUUGCACAUUUAGCUGAUGCAAUCGUCAAAGCGUAGUAGGUAGAGUAGGCGCAAGCUUUUGUACUGUACAUAAUUCCACACUUUGAAAAUCCCUAAUUUAAGCAUGUUGUUGCUAUAAUAUCUAGUAUUCACUUGACAUCCUGAUCUUUAGGGAUUAAUGGUGAGUGUUCUAAAAAAAAAUGUGUGUUUUUCAUUUGAAUGAUUUCUUGUCCUCUAAUCUUAAGGAUGAGCUUUCACAAUUGUGGAACUAAAACAAAUACAAAAUGCAUCCCCAUUAUAUUUCCAUGUUUUUAUUUGAUUUUUUUUUUUUUACUUAAUAUUUGUCUUAAUGAGCCCUUCAGAAUCUUAUGCGAUUCAUUACUUGCUUCACCAGAUAGUUAAACUUGUAUAACUUUCUUUUAGGCACAAUACAUGCCAAAUUGGCUGUCAUUUGUGACUGACAUAAGUUUAAGUCUUAUCAAAGGUAGCGUAACAAGGGACAUUAGGCUCGCUGGGGCAUCAUACUGAUGAACAACAAUAAAACACUCUAUUUGCUCCUGAGUGUAGGACAUUGAGCACCACACACCAUAAUUCCUAACCAAUCAAGGAUUAGAUUAAAAAAAAGUUUUUGUUUAUCAGAAUACCUGUGGAGUUUAAUACCCCUUGUUACACUCUAUGAAAUGUCAAGUCACAGUUAUCUAUAUAGCCCUUAAUCUUAACAACAUCUCAUAGGGCUUCACAUGCUCACAGUUGGACAACAAAGAAAAGACAUCUCCUGAUUAAGGCAAGGAGAAGGUAAAUGAACUCUUAUGCAAAGUUUUCCCAUCAAAAUACAUUUGUUGUAAUCUAUAUGGUUGUUUUUCCCUUUUGUCAUAUCUAUAUGCUAGGACAUCAUUUCAAAGUUGAAGCACUGCCAAGCACUUACAAAAGUUAUAACUUGACGCUGAUACUGCACAAUUGCAUAACAUUGGCACUUAUUUAAAAUCUUAACCUAAACACUCCAAUUCCCCAAACCAAUUCAGGAUCAUGGAUAAGAUUCAGGAUCUUAAUCAUUUCUACAGUCCAUCCUCUAAAGUAUGAAGGAGUAUUUCCACCGGGUUUAAUUUGGUUGCAGGGUUUCAUUUGGUUACAUUAUUUCACAAAACUGAGAACAUGCCUCACAUUUUUGUAAAGAUUAUAUUACCAGUACAUGUUUUCAUCGGAGAAAACUGAUGUGGUCACGUUUCCACAAUGAAAAGUAAUCAGUAAGCUUUUAUAAAUGUACCAACAGUCAAAAAAAGUUUGAAACAAAAUGGAGUAAAGUGAAGCUGUCCAAAUGACCUAUUUUACAUCUGCGGUGUUUGGUGAUUGUUUUCAUGUGUUAAAGGGAACUGAGUAAAAUGACAUGCUGAUUCUAUAGUUUAAAAAAAAAAUUUUUUUUUUUAAACAUUUAUU